AUGGCUUCGGAUUCAUUAAUCCUCAGUCCUCACAAAAAGCUUGAGAAUGACGAAAAUUACGACAAAGACAGCAUUCUCGUAAAGUUGUCAUCGACAAAAGUUCGAUUCAAUGAAGAAAAAGAAUUUCAGUUUGACCAUGUUUAUGAAACUGAUUGUAACCAGAAAGAAAUAUUUGAUAACAGUGCUGUACCGCUAUUGAAACAACUUGUGUCAGGCUACAAUGUCACUGUGAUGGCAUAUGGACCCACUGGUUCUGGCAAAAGUUAUACUUUGGGGACAUGUAACACUGAGACCCCUUAUCAACAUGAUGAAGCUGGUCUGUUGACUCAAAUUAUUUCGAGGAUAUUUUCUAGAAAGACUGCUAGUACUGAAGAAGAUGGUCAGAUCUCCAAAGUUCAAGUUUCAUUUCUUGAAAUAUAUAAAGAAGAAAUCUUUGACUUGCUUUCUUCAGUUGUAAAAAAAAUCGAAAUAAAAAAUGACAAAGUUGAAAACAUUGUGAUGGAAAAUAUCACUGAAAUGGAAGUUCACAACCAAGAAAAUACUCUGGAUCUCAUACGCACAGCUAAUUUAAGACGCCAAGUAAAAAAAACGAAGUCGAAUGAUUCAUCAAGCCGAUCCCAUGCCAUUAUAAGUUUAAAGCUGGAGAUCCAUAAGAAUGGCGAAUCUCGAUUUUCAACUUUUAAGAUUGUUGAUCUUGCGGGUUCAGAAGCUGUAGCUAAAGACGGAGUCAUGGGAGAGAUCAAGAAUGAAGGAAUUUUCAUUAACAAAGGUUUAUUAGCUUUGGGUAAAGUAAUAAGUGCUUUGAAUAGCAAAAAUGUCUCUCAUAUUCCGCAUCGUGAAUCGAAUUUAACUAGGGCCUUAAAAGAUUCGCUCUCUGGUAACAGUUUGACCGUUCUCAUUUGUUACGUGAAGGCAGAUUUUCAGAGUAUCACAACCACCUCUGCCGCAUUGCAGUUUGCUUCCAAAGCUAGAGCCAUAAAAACGAAAGUUCAGCCAUCCGCUUUCAAAACUCCAUUUAAAGUUCCUCCAGUUCAAUCUCAGUUCAAAACACCAGGAAAAACUCCCUUUAAAACUCCAGGAAGUUUACCGUACAGGACUCCACUUGCUCCAAUUCAGCGAAAUAAAGCAGCGUCUCCCAUGGGCGCAUCAUCGUUCGCUGUUCCUGAAAAAAUUUCCAUGCAGGAAAAGUACGAAGACCUUGACGAAUCCGUUCUGUUGGCGGGAUCCAGGAUGAAAGGAGACAAGUUUCUGCGACCAGGAGAUUACGUUUUCACGUUUCCGGGAGCUUAUCACAUGGUGAUUAAUGCGGGUCAAAAUUGGGCUGAGGCGGUCAACUUUUGUAUGCCGCAGUGGCGGCAUUUCGUACCGGAGGUGGAGUGCAACUGCAACGUGGAAUGCAAUAAUGUGCGAUCCAAGUUCAAGUCGCAUUCUGUUGGGUUACCUUCGCAACAGGAGUAUGUCGGCGAACCAGUUGAAAGUUUGCCGGAACUUGAUGUCACUAUCGAAAGCCUUGAAAUAUUGGAAGGAAAAAAUAUGUGUGCAACAUUAGUAUACCAGAGGCUAAUUCGACGUGGCAACAUGACAGAAGAGGGAGGUUGUGGGCCUCAAUUCUUUUUGGCAAAAAACGCCAUGGAUUGGGAAAGAAUGGAUUGUCUUGGCGGCUACCAAUAUGGUAUCUCUAAGUAG